AGGGCGAGGGCGAGGAUCGAUCGGCACGUUGUGUGCUUCGAACGCAGCAGCAGCAGCAGCGGCAGCGAAACGUCUCUUGCGCUUGCUCUUGCUCGUGCUCGUGCGCUGCCAUAAACCCUGCCAGCGACGGUGCGGCCUCGUGCCUCAGAGAAUGGGCGAUCGGGAUUGAGAUCGAGAUCGAGGUCGAGAUUGAGGUCGAGCUCGACAUGGAGAUGGAGCUGGAGGUUUAGCGAAGCGAGGGGAGUACGAGGGCUGUGAAGGCGAAGGGAUGGGCAAAGCAGGAGGUCGCGGAUUUCUUCCGGCGUGAGAGGGCGGAGCGAUGGAAAUGACGAGGGGUGAUGGAGCGGGUGUUUGAUGGGAGCAGAUCUCGGAUGGGCGGAUCGGCACAUGGUCGUGCUCGUGGGCUGGCAGCUGUGGGAGUCGAUCACCAGGUCCGAUUCGUUGAUGUGGAGGAGGAGAGGAGAGGAAGCGGGAGGAAGGACGAGCUCGUCGAUGUCUGACUGAGGGCAGCGGUAGUAGAAGCAGAAGUAGAAGUAGGGCUCGGGAGUGGUGCUGAAUGCGAAGGCGGGGCUCGGCGAGAGGGAGAGGGAGAGGGAGGAACUCGAAGCACGAGCACGAGCGCUAGCGCGAGCCCGAAUGGCGCACCUGGGCGCCACGUCGCGCGUGGCUUGGGUGUAUCUGGCGGUGUUAUUUUUAUGGCGUGUCGUCGCUGGCCGGGGAGCCGUCGAGAGCGAGCGCCAAUUGUUGAAUUUCGAAGUGAGCUUGCCGGAUGGGAGCGAGCGAGUGGACUUCCUGUGUGACCUCGGGAGUGGAGGUUUCGAAACGCAGAACGGUGUUCUUGUAGAUUCUAGUGAGCUGGUGGAUCUUAUGGACCAGGUCGUCGUAGUUUCUCAUCGCAGCGCGAUGGAAUCAGGUGGAAUUUCCUGCUGGCAUGAAAAGCUCGGAACCUCAUUACCUUCAUCGAUAGUGGAUGCCCUUUCUUCCCAGAUCCAGGCGUUUUUAUCCCAUCGACUUCGAUCUCUCUUGGAAAAUGAAGCAGAUUCUUCGCCUGCCCCUUCUUCCUUGAAAGAUGGCAGCGACAAGAUUCCCAAAGACAACUCAACUACGCAUGAUCCUGCGAAGAAAGAUGUGGAAGAGCAAAGUAAAGGGGAUUCUAAGGACCCUGAUCUUUCAAAGGGUAAAGAAGCAAAGAACGGCACGGACAAUGCACCCCCACAUGCACCUCCGAUUGUACCGCCGAAAGAGAACAGUCCUCCAGUCAUGGAAGGCAAGAUCGAUGCCUCUCCACCGCCACCGAAGGUCAAUGACCCAUCCCCGCCACCGGUGAAAGAGGAAAACAAAGAAGACCAGGAUACAGAGAAAAAGGAGACGCCAGCAGAGCCCGUGAAGGGAACGCCUGUAGACCCGGUGGAUCAGUCCGGCAAACACCAGGACACGCAUGAUAGCAAAUACAAUGUUUGUGAAGAGGGGAAGAAUCUCGUCACUUUGUUGCAGACUUCUGGCGAUGGAACUCAAGCAUUGACCUUGUCCUUACGGAAUGAUGGAGAAGGUGUUUUGGACGUUCAAAUCACAACGCCCAUCGGUUUAAUGGCAGAUCCAUCAAGAGUUCAUUUGAGGAAAGGGGAACCUUCAUUGAAGGUUAACAUUUCUAUAGCGGACGAAGCUCUAUUAGCAAAAAAUCAAAAUCCGUCUAUCCUCAUCUCCUCGAGCGAAGGGGAUUGUCUGGUUCCCAUCAAUCUAGAUGUUCUCGGGAAUGCAGAUAGUCAGUCAUAUUUUGACCGGUUUUCCAUGCCCAGCAUGCCCACAGUCGUCACCCCCGAAAUGAGGCUUGGAGCCUUCUUCUUCAUUAUGUCGAUAUUCGGUGGACUUAUAAUAUGGCGUACUUGGGCAAGAUGGAGGCCUAGAGAUGCGGCUGGGGCUGGACACAGCUACCAAGAACUGGAAAUGAGUCUUCCGAGCAGUGUCGAUAACGCGACUUCAGCAUACGAGAAGGACGAUAAGAGUGCCGGAUCCGGGGACGAGGAAGGAUGGGAUGAAGUGUGGGAUGACUGGGAAGAUACGGAAGCUGCCAGAUCGUCCUCCAGACUGAUCCCGAGUUUGUCUGCCAAAGGGUUGGCUGCGAGAAGAUCAAACAAGGACGGAUGGGAUAACUCGUGGGAUGACUAAUUGUAGCUAGCUAGCCAGUAGUACUGAGGAGAAAGAGUGGAUGGAAUGGCCCGACGGGGCAGUCGGAAUACGGACAUAGGUUUGCAAUUUAGCAGUAGCUAGGGAAGAAUCGGAGGGAACGUCACCUUUUGACGACUUUGUUGUAGAGUGUAAAUUACUGAUGCACCCGAUGUCAGCUGCCCAUUCAGCUGGAUGAGGCCUGAGGUCCAGCAGGUCGUAUAGAAUAUUUCGCAUUUGCCACAUUGAUGAACGGUAUUUGUAAGGUCUUCUUGACAACCUUUACAUUGUGACCGUGAGCAGACCCAGGUCAAUGUACACAGCAGACUUGGAGAUUUGUCAUCCGUUCAAGAUCUGUCUCUGCAUCACCUGAGAAACGAACUUUCAAUUGAAUUGGGAUCAUUUAAGAUUGUAUUACC